UAAGACAUCGAGUACGUCUGCAGGAUCUGUAGUAGCGAAAAAUGUUUUGUCUGUAGCUUAGAGGAAGAGAGGGAAGGUGACCGAUGGUGGUUCUUCGAAUCUAAUCAAUGACUCUGAUGUUUAAGCUGAAACCAGGUGACAUUUUUUCCAACUAUUUUGACUGCUGCUCACCUUUACUUUGAUCAACCAGUCAAUGCCAGGACUCACUCCCUGGUCAUCUUUGGUCAAUCAUCAGGGCAGUCACCACUGACCCAUGGAGGACAGAACAGAAAGUCCGAGAGCUGUGAAGGUGGAGGAGCAUUCUCAGUGUGUCAUCCUGACUUAUUUCCAGGGAGACAUCAACAGCAUGGUGGAUGCUCACUUCACACGAGCUCUAGGUAAAAACUGCAAGGCCAAGGCUCCGGCAGCAAAGGCAAAGAAACUACGUAAAACUAUUAAAUCAGAAGACACCAGCACCUGUCAGGGCAGUGCCCUUGACUCUUACACAGAGUCACAGGCCCCUCCUUUAGCAGGACGUCUCCUUGCCUUCGGCCCCGCAGACGAUGCCCCUGGCUCAUGGCACUCAGCUCGCCACCAGGGCAGGAGAGGGCCCGGGUUUGCCAUCUAUCGCAUAUCACCCCCUGUCCCAAGAGGGCUGAGCCUCACUGGACAGCAAUACGCCACGUCCCUACUCAACCUGCUGCACAGUGACCGGGGUGAGAUGGGACCCGGCAUAGCCUCCAGCUCCAAGCCAGAACUGCUUCCCAGCUGGACGAUGCCUCAAGGGUUCAGAGAGUCUGUAGACCCUGCUGUAGCAUUUGAACCUGAGCGGCGUCUGGACAAGAAGGAUUUGUACUGGUACUGAAGAGAGUGACUGGAGCAGCAGAGAUAGAGAACGGCUUCAACUACACAACAUACAUUUAAAACAGAUGCCUUUCUGUUCAUUUGGGUGGCUGUCAGCCGUUUUACUCGUCCAACAGGCCUCUUGACUGUCAUCUGAGAAGAGACUGCAGCGCUUCCAUUCCCUUACUCUCUCCAUUUCUCAGUGAUAUGAGCUCAGUACGUCAGCAUGUACCAACUGGAACAACCUUUCUAAAAGGGAACACUCUCUGACAAACCUGUUCUUCAACUCUGACAUUCCUCUAGUAGAUCUCUGAGCACUGUAUAUGUUGUUGCUCCCUUUGCGGUGGAGUUGGAUGAAGGGCAUUUUCUUGUGCCUAUCAGGCACUUAUCUUAAUGGGCCUACACCAGUAAAUGGACCAGUAUUACAUUACAACAUUGUGAGCCUCUUGAGUGUAUAAAUAUUGAUGUUAAUAUCUGUCUGUAGUUGACCUGGAGGAGUUUUAGUCGUUGAUUUUAGUGAUGAAGAAUAGUGAUGUAAUGUUAAUGACUUGUUUUCUGUCAUCUUAAAUUUAAGCUAAUCUUUGAAAAGUGUUGUGUACUGUACAAAAAUGGAAUCAUACUCAAACUUAAAAAAAAGAGUAAAAAGUAAAAACUGUAUGAAGUGAAAUGCUAUCAAAUACCAUACUGUCAGUGGCUUUGUAUAGUAAUGAGCGUCAGAGAGCAAUCCACUAUUGUCAUUAUUAGGUGUCACUAUUGUUCAAGUGAACAAUAGUGACACCUAAUGGCAAGAUUGAUACCACAAUCUAAAUGAUGUACUGUAUACGAUGUUUGAUGUACAAAGACAUAAAAGACAUAUGAUGACUGAUGGAAAAUAACUACCAUUUACUCAAGUACAAUUUUGACAGACUUCCACUUUAUGCUACAUUAUUCUUCGAUUCUACCAUAUUUCAAAGGGAAAUAGCACAUAUUUUAUAUCACUGCAUUUUAUUGACAGCUAUAUUUAUAGUUACAUUUUAGAUUAAGAUUUAACAUCACAAAACACUCUUUAAAAUACACAUUAAAAUGGAGAAAACUAUCCAACAGUGCAAAAUAGUUCAAUUAGCUUCAGCUCACCCAACUACAACAAUACAGUAGCACUCAAAUAAUAAUGAUCAACAAAUGGUUAUUCUCCUCAAUGAAUAAUUUUUUGAUACUUUGAAGUACAUUUAGUCACUGAUACUUUCAUACUUUUAGACUAUAAAAUUGAUGAAUGCAGGGCUUUUACUUGUAAUGGAGCAGUGUAGUGUUUUAUCCAAACUUUUUCUCAGGUAAAUAAUUUUAAUACUUCCUUUACUUAUUGAGAAUGUGGAAAUCCUAGGGGUUCAGUGAUAAAUAAAUAAAUAAAUUACACGUUGCCAAGUGCCUUGAUCAGAGUGAACCGACAGCCAAUCACACCCUGUAACUGGCUAUGCUUAAUUAACAAAGAGUUGAUCAAAAAUGGCAUUGGGAAAUAGAAAUAAUUUUUGUUUUUAAAAUAAAAACUGAUGCAAUUAAACUAAAA